AUGUACACUGGAUUGAGGCUCAGGGGUCUUCAGCGGGCCGGCCGGGUUCAAAAAUGGAAAUUUGACAAACGGACAGGGGCCCCUAGGGGUGGCGAACGGGCCUCCUUUUUCAGAUUUCAGGCCCGGAUUUACAAAUUUCCAUUUGUGAUCUGAAGAAGUCCAGGAAAAAGUUCCUUAUUUUGGCCACAACAAAGGUACCCCGCGAACUGCGCCCAAGCUUGGGCACUAAAGUUAGGAAAAAACGCUUCGAUCUAGCUGGCACUGAAUUACUAUAAUAGCUCUAUAGUUUUAAGGGUACCUACGAAGGCUGUGACGACUCAUUUAGUUCCAUACGGAGGCAAUAAGUUUAGUUCCGGACAUGUUUCAUCGUAUAAAGUGUAAAAUCACAGGCUGCAGCCGUUUUUGAAGGGUAAGGUGGUACGUAAAAAGAAGGUACCUCACUAACUAAAUCCACUGUCCGGGCAUUCACAACGAUGAAUUGAGCGUGCACGCUAAAUUUGGGCUAAUUCCGACCAGUUUCCGCAAAGUUAUAAGUUGUGGCCAAAAUAAGGAACUUUUACCGAAGUCCAUAUUGAAAGACGUGUCCAGAGGUCCAUCCCUUUAUUUUACUUUGAAUUUCCAGGAUCAACUUAUCAUGGACUGCUUUGAAGAUGUGUUAUCUUCUCGGUACUGCAGUAAAAGUAAACUGAUGGAAUUUUUCUCUGAGAAAGCGAAGACCCAAACUUGGAGACAGUUAUGGAUUUGGUUGGCGGAAUCUGAGAAAGAGUUAGGACUUCCACAAAUAACGGAGGAAAUGAUCCAAGAAAUGAAAGACCAGAGGGAUAACAUAAAUUGGGAUAUGGUUCGUUCGGAGGAGAAGCGAUUAAAACACGAUGUGAUGGCUCAUAAUCACACUUUUGGAGCCGUAAGUGCAUUCUAAUGUUACAUUGCCUUAGUUUAGGUUUGCCCCAAAGCUGCUGGGAUUAUACACUUGGGAGCCACUUCAUGCUAUGUACAAGAUAAUGCAAAUCUGAUUGAACAACGUCUCGCUUUCGAUUAUAUCAUUACGAAGUAAGAGAGGUUUAAUUCUGUGAUGGUUGUUUUAGAUAUGCUAUUGUUAUGAGUCGUUUGGCAGACUUUGCUGAAAAAUGGAAGUUUACAGUAACUGUUGGGCGAACUCACUGGCAGACCGCAUCCCUUGUUACAGUCGGAAAAAGGGCGAUUCUUUGGCUCCAAGAACUAAAGAUGGCAUUUGACACGGUAUGUCACUAAAGUUUACACUCCGUUACGAAAGUGUCCCCGGAUGCUUCCGUUGGAAAGAGCGUGUGACAAAACCUAGUAGAGUGGGCAAUCCGAAAGUCCAACCUUAGUCGACCGGUCGGUAUAGACCAAGGAAAAAUUUUUGCCGUUUCAAAAGUGUUCCUUCCCCCUGACGUUUUUUGGGUAAUUUGGCUCUGAUUUUGAAUUGGCCUUCCCCCGUUUCAUUCCAUAGUGCUCCCUUUUGUACUAGAAAGUGUAUUACACCCAUUCCUGUCGCAUCUUAUCCAUGUAGUGCUUUUACGAGCCAUUUCAGACCUUGUAUCUAAGUGCCUCUUAUGAAAGAUAAUAUGCCAAACUUCACUUUCUAGUAGAACAGGGAGCACUAUGGAAUGAAACGGGGGUAGGCUAAUUCAAAAUCCGAGCCAAAUUGGCCAAAAAACUUCAGGGGUCGUGACAAUUUUGAAAAUGGCAAAAAUUCUUCUUUGGCCUAUACCGACCGGUCGACUAAGAUUGAACUUUCUGAUUGCCCACUCUAAUAGGUUUUGUCACACGCUCUAUCAAACGAUAGCAUCCGCUUUUACGUACCGCUCGCCAAAAUCUAGAAAUCGUGGGGGGUAGGGACACUUUCGCAACGGAUUGUGUCAUUUUAUUACUAGAUUGUGGAAACCCGAAACAAAGCCAGAUUCCGAGGAAUCAAGGGAGCUACUGGAACACAAGAUUCAUUUUUAACGUUAUUCAAGGGAGAUCAUCAGAAAGUCCUCCAACUCGAUGAAUUAGUUACCAAAAAAGCUGGUUUUGGCAAAAAGUUUUCAAUAUCUGGUCAAACCUAUAGCAGACAGCAAGAUAUUGAUCUGCUCUUCUGUUUGUCCAAAUUCGGAGCAGCCGCAGAGAAGGUGGCCAAAGACAUCAGAUUCCUUCAAAGUCAUGGCGAAAUACAGGAGCCUUUUGAGGAGAAUCAGAUUGGAAGUUCGGCGAUGCCUUACAAGAAGAAUCCAAUGAAAUGUGAAAGAGUAUGUUCACUGGCUCGACAUCUACGUAAUAUGGUUCUCGUAAGUUUUAUCUUUUGUUACUUUAUCCUUGUAGGAUGGAUUAAGCACAUUGGCCGAUCAGGGAAUCGAAAGGACAUUGGAUGACUCGGCUAAUCGAAGAAUUGUGAUUCCACGGGCGUUCCUCUUAUCCGACGCCAUUUUGAGCAUAUUGCAGGUAUAAAAAUAUUGUCGUCGUAUAAAAAUAGUUUAGAAUGUGUUCGAAGGAUUGCACGUUCCAGUAGAAAGUGUAAAAAGAAACGUGGAACAAGAACUUCCAUUCUUAGCCUUAGAGAAGGCCCUAAUGCUCCUGACAGAGCACGGAGUCAGCCGACAAGAGGCUCACGAACACAUCAGGUCAACUGCCCUGGAGUGUAAACAACGUCAGGCUCAUGGUCCAGUCACUUUAAAUGAUACUCUGGCUAGCGACUUCUUCUCUCCUGUUAGAGAAGCUGUCCUCAAGUUGGGUUCCGAUCCAUUGAAUUUUGUGGGAAGAUGCCAGGAACAACAAGAACAGUAUUUAAAGGAGGAGUUCUAUCCUUCUGUUAAUUAUUAUCUACAGGAGAUCAAAAUUGAACCUUCUCACUUAGACGUUUAA